AUUGCGUCUGUCGCAGUCUUGCAGAAUGCAGAGACCAGAGGGGGGCCAUAUAUCACUUUUUUAUUUUUAUUUUUUUGAUCCAUUUAUUAGGGAUUUUCCAAAACUAUUCUUGCCUUGACGGAUGAGCUUCUAAACGAGGGAGGAGGAGAGGGUAAAGGCAAGAAAGUGCAUAAACCCAUCUGUUUUAAUCAGAUUCUUCAAUUCACUCUCUAAUCUGUGUCUCUCUUAGCCUUCAGAUUCUUCGUUUGAAGGCCUUUCAAUUGAGACCUUUUUUAUGUUUUUUUUGUUUCAAUUUCUUAGUUUCCUUCUUCAACCCAAAGCCCUGAUGAUAUUGAUGUUAAAGAACUCUUUCCCAACCCAAGAUAAUCCGUUGCUAGCCCCAAACCCAAUCUAACGGCAACGGCUAACCCAAUCAUCUUCUGUUCAGGAGGGUUUAUAACGUCGAACCCUUUACUUAUUCUGGGUACCCAUGAAAGGAAAUCCAGUUUUUCGCUAACCCUUUUUGGCUUCGAGUUAGUAUGGAUCAGAAUUCUGAUAUCUUUGAAAUUAGCUCUGAUGAAGACGGUUCUAGGGGUGAGCACAGCGACGAUAAUCUUGAUUGGAUCUCCGAAAUGCUUUCUCCCGGUGGUCAUGAGACUGAAGAUUCUGAUGAUGUGGUAUUUGUGAGCGAGACGCAGAGUUCAAAACAUACAGACAGAGCAAAAUUGGCCUCUGGGGAUGGUUCGGACGAUGAUUGCAAAAUAUUGGAUGGUGACCCAGAUAAUCCAGUUGCAGUUGUAAAUGACUCAACAGGGGGAUCGGAUGAGUUGCUCAUUGUUGGUGAGAAGGGACAGUUAGCAUGCAGAGACUACCCUCACCCGCGACACCUGUGUGCUAAAUUUCCUUUUAGUUCAACUCCGCAUGACAAGUACUGUGACGUGUGCCACUGUUAUGUCUGUGACUCACGUGCACCAUGCAUCUACUGGGGCACAGGUGUUUAUACUACUGACCAUUGUCAUUCCACCGAUAAAGAGGAAAUAUGGCGGACAGCAAGGAAAAAUUUUAAGCGAGGCACAUUAGAACCAACGCCAGGCCAGAAGUUUCCUGUUACUACUCCAUCAAUGAUUCCUCCCUUGCCUAACCAUGCUCUAGCAUUCAACCCAAUGAAACUCCCCAGUAGUGGUUCUGUAACACAUUCAGUCUCCUCAUUCUCAUUCCGUCCUUGCCCAUCAAUGACCAAUUUUGGUGUGCCUAGAAGUAAUCAGCAACCAGGAGUCACCCUGAGUAGAAACAGAUGCCCUCAGAAUGUAAGCAGACCACCAAUGAUGCCUGGUACAAAUUACUCCAGUCGAAGAGAGAGAAACUAUGUUGGUACUUUGGGGCCUCAAUCUCGUAAACAGCUGUUUAAAAAGGUAGGGUAUGCGCCAACAGUUUUGCCAAUGAACGGACAUGGAUAUGGUUCAUCUAAUAGCAGAACUGGAUACACAGCACAGCCACCGAGGAACCAACAUCCAGUGGUAGUGCAAAAUGAUGAGAUUAAUAUGAGGUGGCAGGACUUCCAACCGGGAAGUGUGCCAAAUUUUGAUUCUUGUCAGAGUUCCUCCCAGCCAGGUACCGGCAGCAACUUCUCAGUUCAGUCAUAUAAUAAUUCUCAACCCCAAGUGUAUAGUCAGCCAAUUCCUCAAUCAGGUGAGAACCAAAAUUUGUACCAACAUGAGAAUCCAGCUUCAGCUGCUGCAAAACCUAGUGCAUUGGACUUCAACUCAGGUUGGAUAGACUGUUCAACCCAGGGUGCUCAGCAUUUCCCAGAAGAAGGUUCCCAGAUUCAUGGUGUACAAGUGACAUCUGAUCUGCAAAAUACCCAAAGUUUGUGCCAGAAUGAAAGUCAACCUGUUAGUGCUGUAAAUCCCCAGUAUAUUGGGAGCCCAAAUCCAGAUUCAUCUGCAUCCCAUUUGGAGAAUUGGUUUAGUUCUCUGGAACAUGAGUCCAAUACAGAGAUCGCAAAAAAUUCUCUUCCAGAAUUCGAUUUUGAACCUUUCCUGCCCGACUCUUUAGAGACAGACAUGCCGUUUCACUAUUGGAAUGCUCUUAUAAAUGACUAGCAAAUUAUUGUAUUCUUUUGUUGCUAGACUGGGAAUGCGAUAAAAGUGCCAACCUUGUUUUUAUACUGUUAGUUCUUUUAUGUACAGUUGUAGGAGAUGAAGAGGGGGGGGGGGAAUUGUACCCCAAUCACCUUGGCACUCAAUAUAGUUUGUACAGGACAUGGUGAUCUUGCAAUGAGUAUUAUUGUAUUGUUAUAGCCUUAUGUUGACAAAAUUUUGAGAUAAUGUAAUGUUGAAAGUCAGCAGUAGUCUUUACUUA